AUGAAGAGAUAUUUCAGCAUUCUGAGGGUAGUUGCAGCUAAUGUGAAGAAGGGCAAGACGCCGGAGUUGGAUAUAAAGUCGACUUUAAAGUAUUUAUCACAAAAUCGGAGCGCUCUUUCUUUAUUCAACUCACGUAAUCAGCAGCACGAAGAACGCAUUGUUGAAUUGUUGAAUGACGGCUUACCUGAUGUCUCCAAGCAAGAGCGGAAUAUCAUGACACAUUAUGAAGUGCUGAUGUACAGGUUGCGAGAUAUGGUAGAGCAUAACAUGCAUCUUAAGCCAUUGAAGGAUAGGAUUCUUGAAUGUGGACAUGACAGCGGGGCGCUAUAUAGGUUAAUUUGGGAGCAGGCACUCUAUCAUGAGGACGGGCUAAAACCUCAAGAUUUUUACAGGAUAGUUAUGAGACCAGGGUUUUCGACUGCACAUGUGAAGGAGCUUAUGUCGACGACUAAUGAGCUUCCUAAAUAUCCAUUAGAUUUUUCAGUGAUAUUGUGCAAUAAAAGCAAGAGGCAUGAAUAUUAUGCUGAAUGGAGGGACAAAUGGAUUGAAAAUUAUGAGAAAUUGGCUGUUAUAUCUCAGAGAUUAGUUUGGCGUGUGGCACUUUCCGUUGGCGGUAUUGAUGAGGUUAAAAAGUGUCUCGACCUACUAGUUGGGCAAGAUAAGAUCACUCAGACAGUUAUGCUUCAUCAAGUUUUGUACCUCAAGGCUCACCUUUUACCUCCUACGUUGCUCGAUGUUCCUCUAACAAGAAAUCAACUACUUUUCUGCACCUGUGUAAAAAUGCUUUCGAAGUGGUCCGAUAACUACGCCCAAGCACGGAAAUUAAACGCAAAAUUGGUCAGAUCGAGCCUUAAAAACAGACUAUCGGAAGAUGUUCCGCAAAGCGGUAAUGAAACGAUUGGUAACUAUUCUACCACUAAUCCAAAUAUACCCAUCUUUCAAUACCAACUUAUGCAAUGCAUGGGUGAUCUUUUAACAACCAUCGUCAACGAUCCGAAGGCCACCAUCUCUCUACAAAAGGAAGCAGAUUCCCUUCUAAAACAACUUCAUGAAGAACAAAAGCUAAUCCAAUCGGAAAUGCUUCUGCAAUUUUUAUAA